CGAAGCACUUAAGGUCCCAUUGGCUAACGUUGGUUAGCGAACGUAUUUACACAGUCUAAAUACAGAACAGUGUAAUGUCAUGUACUCUAAUAGGUUUGGCCGCCUCGUGUUGGGCCUGUACAGCCGUAAACGGACCGCUGUCUGCGGGGUGGUCCGGAGCGCCGCGGGUCGCAGCCUGUUCAGCUGGACCGCGGUGUGUAAACAGCGGUCACUGAGGCUGCAGAGCAGCGUCUGUCCGUGGAUGCAGCACCGUGGCACGUCCUGUCAGUUCAGUAUUCGGUCAACGUCCCAAACCACAGUGGACCCCGAUGAACUGAGGAGGUUCCAGUCACUGGCCAGAAAGUGGUGGGAUGAACAGGGAGAAUUUGCAGCUCUUCAUGCCAUGAACGACCUGAGGGUGCCUUUUAUACGAGAUAAUCUGCUGAAUGUGCACAGAGCACGUCACCCUGGAAAACCACUGGCAGGACUCAGAAUACUGGAUGUCGGCUGUGGAGGAGGCCUGCUCACAGAGCCCCUGGGUAGGCUGGGGGCGGAUGUAUUGGGUAUAGAUCCAGUAGAGGACAGCAUCUACACCGGCCAGCUACACGCGUCCUAUGACCCGGACCUUCGUGACAGAGUCUCCUACCAGGCCUGCACCUUGGAGGAGCUCUCAGCUGAGGGGGAGGAGGAGCAGGGAGCAGGCCAUUUUGAUGCCGUCGUGGCGUCAGAAGUGGUUGAACAUCUGGCCGACCUGGAAACGUUCGCCUUCUGCUGCAGCCACGUGCUGAAGCCUGGCGGCUCACUCUUCAUCACUACCAUUAAUAAAACCAACCUGUCAUACGCCCUGGGUAUUGUUGUAGCCGAGCAGCUGCUGCACAUCGUUCCCAGCGGGACGCACGACUGGGAGAAGUUCAUCAGCCCAGUAGAGCUGGAGCGCCUCCUGGAGUCCAAUGGUUUCUCAGUGCAGUCUGUACAGGGAAUGCUGUACAACCCAGUAUCAGGAGCCUGGAGCUGGACAAACAGCACUGCCAUCAACUACGCCCUCCACGCUGUCAAACAGAGGGAUGAUCCCGAGCCAGGUCAAUCUGAGGAAGGUGGCCCCCACCCAGAGGACCACACUGGAGCUACACACAGCUGAGCCACAAGUCUGGAGAACAAGUCAGAAAAUGGAAAACCAAAAAAAAUUAAAUAAAUAAACUCAGAUGUGUGGAGUCUUAACUUCACAGAGGCCAGAGGCUGUGAUGGAGCGUACGAGGCGGUGGUUAUUUAAGGAAAGGGACAAACAGCCUUGAGAGAGAAUUAGAGAUGUACUGCAGUUGCUGGUUUGGGCUCGGAGUGAGGAUGCAUUGUGUUGUUGGUUUUCUGUCGGCUUUUGCUUUACUAUGAGCUGGAGUGUUACUAAUGGUUUUAGUAGUGUUUGAUGAGCUGUGCAAGGCGACUGUACAUCCUCUAAUUAUGUAAUUCAGUAGCAGAGCUGUGUAACCAACACAGCUGCACAGUUCACUUUGUUCACGCUGAUCAUUUUCAGUAUGUCCCGUACUGAAUCAGCUUAGUGUUUCAUUUGGAUAUUUUGCGAUUGGUCACAUCCUUUAUUAAAAUGAUCUUGUUGUGAAAGCACAACAGCGUAGAAUCAGAUUUCUUUGGCUCUGGCUUUUACCAGCAAAUAUGAUUUCAUGAUGAUUCUGGCUGCACAUGCAAAAUCCUUUUUAGAUGCUAAAGCCUGUAGAAGCUGUGUCCACAUGGGAGAGGGGACAGUCACUUCCUCUGGGAUUAUAAUGGGUUUCCUGUGCAAGAAUUAUAUAACACAAAUCAUGCCCAUGACAGAGAAAAAGUCAUGCUUACAUGAUUUUAUUAAAGAGACCAAUAACCAGG